AAUUAAAUAAAAAACCAGAGGUACUUACACCACACAAAAAUGAAGAAAGAAAGAACUGGAGAUAAUUGUAGACCAUUUAAAUUAGCUCACCAAAUAGUCAGUUUAACUGGAAUAAGUUUUGAAAGGAAGAGCAUAAUAGGAUUUGUGGAAUUGACUGUAGUUCCUUUGAAAGACAACUUACGAAUCAUAAAGUUGAAUGCCAAACAAUGUCGAAUCUACAGGGUAAUCUUGAACGAUCAGUACGAAGCUCAUUUUCAGUAUUUUGAUCCAUUUCUAGAUGUUUGCCAAUCUGAUGUAGAGACAAAAAGCCUAGAGUCAUUUUCAAAUCAUCACCUUGCUGCAGCUCUGAGAGUUGAUCCAGAUAAUAACUCUGGGGAAUUAGUUGUAACAAUACCACCAGAGGCUAGUCACUUGGUAGCUGAAGGUACAGCUUUGAGGGUUGGAAUAGAGUUUUCUCUUGAGCAACCACAAGGGGGUAUUCACUUUGUGGUACCUCAAAAAGAAGGAACAUAUGCUGAGAGAGGAGUCCAUCUUUUUACUUAUGGGCAUCAAAAUUCGUCAAGACUAUGGUUUCCUUGUGUCGAUAGUUAUGCAGAGACUUGUACCUGGAAGCUUGAAUUCACUGUAGAUGAAGAAUUGACGGCUGUUUCCAAUGGUGAUUUGAUAGAAAGUGUAUACACACCAGAUAUGAGACGAAAAACCUAUCACUAUUCCCUCAAUAUCCCCACUUGUGCUCCAAACAUAUCACUUGCUGUAGGCCCAUUUGAAGUAUUUGUAGACCCUUAUAUGCAUGAAGUAACACACUUCUGUUUGCCAAAUUUGCUACCCCUCUUGAAGGUCACAACCCGGUAUAUCCAUGAAACUUUUGAAUUCUACGAGGAAACUUUAUCGAAUAGGUAUCCCUAUUCAUGUUAUAAACAGGUGUUCGUUGAUGAGACGCAUGAUGAAGUAAGAUCAUAUGCUACUAUGAGCAUUUUGAGCGUGAAUUUGCUUCACUCUGCAGUUAUAAUCGAUCAGGUUUAUGUAACGAGGAAGGUAAUGGCUCAGGCUAUUGCUGAACAGUUUUUUGGAUGUUUCAUUUCCAUGCAAAACUGGUCAGACAUGUGGUUGAACAAAGGUAUUAGCCAGCAUCUCUGUGGAUUAUAUUGCAAAAAAUCAUUUGGUAAUAAUGAAUAUAGGGAAAUGAUACAAAGUACACUGCAAGAUGUUGUAAAAUAUGAAGAAGAAUUUGGUGGCAUAAUUUUGGAUCCAAGUCAACCUCCUGCUCCUCUGCCUGUUGGAGUAAAUACACCUCAGACAAGCCAGAAAGUUUCUGAAGAAAAGUUUUAUUUCCCAACUAGGAAUCUUCACACAAUGUCAUCUCUGUAUAUCGAAACCUUGCACAAGAAAGCCUUUUUAGUAAUGAGAAUGUUGGAGCAUCGAAUAGGUUUGGAGUUGCUUUUACAAGUUUUCAACAAGCAGCUAUCCCUGGCCACAAAUGCCGCUCAGCAAAAGAUAGGUAGUGGGUUAUGGGGUCACAUGCUGAUUAGUACUAACGUUUUCACCAAAGCAAUUUUCACAGUCACAGGCAAAGAUAUGGCAGUUUUUAUCGAUCAAUGGGUAAGGACAGGAGGACAUGCUAAAUUUCAUUUGACAUCGGUUUUCAACAGAAAGAGAAAUACCAUAGAACUUGAAAUAAGACAAGAUGCUACAACUUCUAUGGGAAUUCGAAAGUAUGUUGGACCACUUUUGGUAACUUUGCAAGAGUUGGAUGGUACUUUCAAACACAAUUUGCAGAUUGAAAAUACUGUUGUGAAGGCAGAUAUUACAUGCCACUCCAAAAGUAGGAGAAAUAAGAAGAAAAAAAUUCCACUUUGUACCGGAGAAGAAGUAGAUAUGGAUUUGAGUGCUAUGGAUGAUUCUCCCGUUUUGUGGAUAAGACUUGAUCCAGAGAUGACUCUUCUGAGAUCUGUGGUGAUAGAACAACCAGAUUACCAGUGGCAGUACCAGUUGAGACAUGAAAGAGAUGUCACAGCUCAAGUGGAAGCAAUCAUGGCACUGGAAAGAUAUCCCACACCACCGACUCGUUUAGCUCUCACUGAUACAAUAGAGAGUGAACAGUGUUACUAUAAAGUCAGAUGUAGAGCGGCACAUUGUUUAACAAAG